ACCGAUCACAGUCUCAGCUACAAGCUUCUUCUGUUACCAAUAGCCACCGAAACUCCAGAGGCUGUAUUGAAUUUGAAAGAGAUCGCGACAGCGUCCCCAGAGCGAAUUUGUGGAAUCACUUGGGGUUGCGAGGAUCUAUCGGCCGUUUUAGGUUCGGCGGGUACUAGAGAUCCAGAAACAAAGGCUUACCUUCCAGUCUUUCAGCAGGCACGCGCGUUGACUCUUUUGGCAGCGAAAGCGGCAGGCGUACAGGCUAUAUGACACGAAAAAGUGUACUCAUACUCAAGAAAAGAGGCUUUUUCCUCCUUAGAAAGUGCCUACUUUCUUGAGGAUGAGUACACUUUUUCGCUUCAUAGGCUAUUGACGGCGUUUACACCGACAUCAGAGACGCAAAAGGCUUUGCAAAAGAAGCCACGGAAGCCGUUUACAUGGGAUUUGAUGGGAAGUUGAGCCUUCACCCGACACAAAUUGUGCAACUGGGCAAGCUCUUUUCCCCUACCCCUGAGCAAAUGCGUGAAGCAGCGAAUAUUGUGCGAAUAUUCGAUGAUCAGGAUAAUAAGGCUAAGGCACAGGCGUCGCUAUAUCCUCAUCAACGCAUGAUCUAGUUGUACCUGUAUUUGUGCGUCCGCCUCUAUCAUUUAUCUGAAUCUACCUUCUAAGAGCCCAGGAGCAGCAGUCUACAAAGGUCAGAUGAUCGAUUUGCCACAUUACACGAGGGCAAAAAAGAUUAUCGCAAGGGGAGAAGCAGCCGGAAUCGAAGCAGCAGCAGAUGAGAAGGUAGGCAAGGCGGAAGAAGGUACUGAAUUAUUAGAACCCACUACAAGUACAACUGAAUCAGCAUCAGCAACGUGUUGGAGGUACUGGUCAGUACUACAAUGCAAGUAAAACCCACCACCAUGGCCGCCUUAUAAUAUAGGCACGUACUCCUCAACCCUGAACCCAGUUUUUCCUCGCGUGCACCAUGGCAAGUAUCUGGAAGACUUGACACCUGGGCUACGAGUCCGCCAUGCACUGAUUAAGGCUGCUGUUUUUUCUCGUCUUCUUUGUCCACUUGAUGAAAAGCGGCAUGAGACGUCUCACGAUCUUGAUCAUGGAGAAACAACUUCAAGAAGCAAUCUUCAUCGUUCUCCUUAAGGAAGCCACUUAAAGGAAUCCCUUAAGGAUUUCGCAAACCAUCGCUAACCCUAUAAAUACUAAUAUUUUUUUAUAGGCACACAACAAGAACAGCUUCAUCUUCAACUGCUCACGUGUUUUACAUCAGAGGACCUCUCUUCUAACCCCUCCCGAACGGUAACCGAAGCUGACAACGUCCUUUUCACUUGCUUGUCCUUGAACCCAGCGCCCAUCCAUUUGGAUCACGAAUUAUGCAAGAAUACGGAGUUCGGCAAACCUCUGUUCAACAGUAUGUUUACAUUGGCGCUUCUAGUCGGAAUGUCCGUGCUCGAAACGACACAUGGGACAACGAUUGCGAUUAUGGCUUAUAGAGUGCAGAACUGUGGUUGCAACCAAUGGAAAACUCCCUUCUAUUUAACCGCGAAGGUCGCUCUCCUCUGGAGGUACUUCCAUACUGGAUGGCCUCACAAGUAGGCAUUAAUUGCUACAAAAGAAGCGCCAUGGAUUAUACAUAGAUGUUGCAAGUAAUCGUGUGUAGCACUAGCACCAGCAUCUGUCGUUUUCGCAACUUCAGUGCUUCUCAGGGAGGUGCAGUCCUCGCCCUCGUAUCUUCCACAUCCUCGCCACGACCCAUUGUUGGUAUAAUUGGUUGUUGUAGUUGUAUCUUGGAUGAUCUUAUAAAUAUGGGGUAAAUAAUUGGCUGAAAGGGUGGCGGCAUAUAGUCCUAACGCUAAUCGGAACCUCGGUUUUUCUGGAGUAAAGUUUCCCUAUCCAGUGUAUCCAGGAGACACCCUACGAGCGGAGACGCUAAUCGUGGACGCUAGGGAGUCAGCAUCACGACCGACACAGGGAAUCUUAAGGCUUCACGACUUAUAUAAUUCAUCGUUUAGCUCAACAUCUGUGGGCCCUGCUAGCUUUCAAGUAGAAGAAGAAGGGAUACCGAAUCCAUCUUUUAGCUCAUCUGUUCCCUGCUUUCAAGUAGAAGAAGGGAUACCUCCGAUGGGGGAAAGCAAGGACGUUGGAUUGUAGUGGGUUCUAAGAAUCGUUACCCUAGAACAUAGCAUGUUCAACCAAGAAGGAAAGCUAGUGUGCGUCUGCACGCGACAGGCGUUGAUGAAGAAAAAGCCUGUGGCGAAGAUGUGAAGAACGUCUAGCUCGCUGGUGGUGCUCGAGAGGGUAGGAAAAUGAAGGUCGAUUACGAUGAGACUCGAGAAGAAGAAGAAGUAUGACUAACGCCAACCACUCACCAACUAUUGUUUGGGUUCCAGGAGUUCUUACGACUUACGCUGACUGCUUGUGACACUGCCUUCAUGGACCCCCAGAACGGGCUGGGGUUUGCUACAUCACUACCAUCCGAAUUCACCCACCAUAGAAGAUCUCUCAGAGAAUAUCCCUCGUUUUUUAGGAAAACAAGCCAAAGUUGCUCAUCGUCCUUCUCCUUGUCCUCUUUGUAGUCGUCGUAAAAAUGAAGAUGAUUGACCACCAGAUACCUGUUGAUAACCAACACCUUUGCCUACUUGUUCGAGAACUAAUGCUUCUUCGUGGUUGCUAUGGUCUUCUGCUGGUUCAAACUUCUCCUCUGCAGCAUCUGGAAGAUCCAGCGCAGCUUCUGUAUUUUGAUUUUAUUCUUCUACCUUAUUUAGUUCUGCACUUACAUCAUCCUCAUCCACUGCAUCGUUGUGGGUGUUCGUACUAGAAGGAGGCUUUGUCGUAAAGAAAUCUAGGUACCUCCCGACAUGCGGUGCGUGCCUGACCUUUACUCCAAAGAAGAUUUCUCUUUCACCCGAGCGCCGAAUAUCAUCCGAGAGCAAGGAUUUUUCCGUGAGUAAACGCUUUAAAAAAAUCUCCUGGUACUCGCCUGUACCUGUAGUCCCGCUUUGCUCUAACGCACGCCAGACUUCUCCAAAAUGUCCACGCCCGAUCCGCGUUCUUGAAUGUUUCCAGUCAUUGAGAAUGGCACCAUUUAUGGAUACUUGCUUCUAGAAGCACCAGUUGAUGAAGACUAUG